UAGGACUAACGUGUCGGAGAGACAGUGCCGACGGUCGAGCCACACGAGCGAAGCGCGAGCGGAGUGACGGAUCCGGAGUGGCGGAGGCGGAGAAGGAGUGUGAAUGAAUCGCACCCGGAAUGGGUACACGGGUAUUUGGAGAAACGAAAAUAUCCCAGUGAGAAAUGAUUGGUCGAAGGGACGUCGAUCGACAUCUAAUCGACGUCCGUUCGAUGGAUUCGACGCCGACUCGACAUCUUUCCAAUUCGUCAUUCCUCACUGAGGUCUCCCCGGAGGUUUCAAUGCGGAUUCUUGUGGACGUUGCUGUUUUGAUACUAGCGUUUCCGUAUCGUUUCUUUUCUACGACGGUGCGGAUAAAGUUUGCAUGCUGAGAUACUGUUGCGAGGCCAAACACCAAUGCGUCGUCUACAAUGCACGGAGGCAGACUCGAGUCAUAUAGAGAUUUGCAGAAGAAUGGACGGGAAUUGAAUUCGGACCAGAAGACAGCGGUGGCCAAGUAUGACGAGGUGCUUCAAACGUUGGACAUUACGCGUGACCUGUACAAGCAGAUUGUCAACAUUGCCAAUGACGCUGUUAAGCAGCAGAAGAAAUUGGCGCGGAAAGAGGCUGUCGAGCGUAUGCAACAGGACAUUGCAAAAGUGAAGGAGGUGUUACUCACUCAGCAGAUCUUGAUAAGUAUAAACACAGAGUCCAUCAGAGACGACUUCUUUCAUGGGAAGAACGGCGCUAUAAAACUGUCGGAGGAGGAAUUCAAGUACCUAGACAGCUUGUAUAACGAGAUGAUGAUAAAACAUCAGCGCGAGGAAGGUGAUCUUACGUUCGUUCAACAAGCGCAGAAAGUAGCGGAGCAUUACGUCGCGAUCGUGGAUGGGAAGCAGCGCGAAGUUAUUGGCACUACUUAUAACAAAUUGAAGGAGAUUAUCGCAAAGAUCAAUCAAUGCGGCUAUUUCGAUCAGGUUCACGAGUGUUCGGAGGCAACGCCGAUAGAGGAGGUUACUGAGAGUGUGACGGAGACGAAGAUCAGUAGUCCACAGGUGACACAGGAACAGGUCAACGAGGAGUACAGCAAUGGCAACGACAGGCACAUUCCACCGGAGGUAUCCAUGGUACCUAUUCCGAAUUUCCCGGUCCAAGUCGCUACGCUCCCCGUUGUUUCCGGUGCCGGCCCAGUUUCGGGACCUAUACCGGUUGUCCCGCAACCCAUGCCUCAUCCAGCCGCGCCAGUCGAUACUCCUUACUACACGAAUGCCACCAGCUUUGUCCCGCAACCACAACAGCAGCAGCAACAGCAGCAGCAGCAGGCCCAGCAAUCUCAACCUCCACCGGCAGCCCGCAUCAAUGACGUUAUAGGCACGCCCAACUUCUUUUUCUUGCAGGAAUCUGAACUUGAUCCACCGGAGUCGCAAGCACCUAUCGUAUCACACAUUCCUCCCACAGUCAAUGCGCCCAUUCCCACGCAAACCUUCACAAAUCAGAACUUUGCAACUGCGCCUGUGAGCGUACCUCAGCAGGUUAUAUAUCAGCCGCCGCAGGAUAUAUCGCACAUUCCUGGCUUCGCGAAUCCUAAUCCACCGCCGCCGAUUCCGAUGCCGCCUUCUCAUCAGCAGCCGAAUAUGCAGUAUAGCCCGCAACACCCGAAUAGUUUUCAACCUCAACAGCCACAGCAGCCGCAACCGAAUGCUGCGCACCUACCGCAGCAAGGUCAGAUGCAGAACUUUAACGAGCAAGCGCAUCAGCAGGAGGCUCAAGCAUCCACGGAGGAAAAGGUCGAGAAUGGUCAAAAUGAAAUUUCCGAUUCAUCGUUGGAACAGCAAAAUGAAUCUAUCGAUUGGUGCCAGAUGACCGAGACCAAUGAUUGGAAUCAGUCUGAUCAACAGCAACAAUCCAUUCAAGAUUGUCAGCAAGCGUCACAACAAACGUCCCAGCAGGCCUGGGUGCCUGACCAACGUGGUGGAUACAGAGGAAGAGGAGGCAGAAGGGGGUCCGCUAGUAACUAUAAUAGCAGAGGAAGGGGAAAUUACCAGCAAAAUGGACGCGCAGGACAAGGCGCGUACUAUCGCAACGACAGUAAUUAUCAAAAUGGAUACCAGCAGCGUGCCUGGGGUAACAACGAAGGGAAUAACGGAUAUAAUAGCGGCUUUAAGCGAGGCAGUGGCGGAGGAUCCAGAGGUACACGCAACGAACGCGUUAGUCGCGGACAAUUCAGAGGACAAAGGGGAAGCAACCGUGGAUAUGCGCCACGUGGCAAACCCCACACGCAAUAAGGGAGAAAAAGGAACGCUACAACUGCUAGCGUAAAUGCACAGUAAAACACACUGUAAUGAUGCUCUGCGAGUACGAUUCAACUGUCUAUUUAUGAAAAAGCUUAAGUCGAGACAAUGCAUUUGCAACAUGAAAUAAAACUUAAAAGAGCAGUAGGUACCAUGCAGUGUUGCAUGCUUAAGAAUAUUGUACACAAUAAUAACUUUGAUAUUAAAAAGAUUACGUGAAUUAAGUGGAAUGUUAGAUUUUGUAAUGCAGAUCUAGCUGCAUUGUAUGUUUUUUUAUCCUUUGCAUAUUCACAGAUAUAUUAAGUAACUUUGAGAAGAUGAAGUUUAUUGGUUGUAUAGAAAACAUAAGAUCUUGCGACUGAUGUGUGUCGUACGAAGCCUACGUAUGACACGAAAGAAAAGAAGACUUGCGCUGGGGCAUUUGCGGCUUAGGAUAUUUCUUAAAUAUGACAUUGAACAAAUACAACUUUGCAUUUAAAUUUGAUUGUAAUUACGAAGAAAAAGUAAUGUUAAUAAAAAGAAAAGAUGCAGAGGUAACAUUGUGAUAUAUGAAGAAAAAUUACCAAAUUAAAAAGUGUGAACCUACCGUGCAAGUAUUAUUGUAUUAUGACAGAAGGCAGGUUUCACAGGGCAACAACAGCUGAUUAACAAAGAUUAGAAAAAUAAUUUUAUUAUAAAAAAAUACAAAAAAAAACCGAGAACUCAAUACAAACAUUUCAUGUAAAGACUACAAGAACGUAUUUAAAAAUAACGUUAAGAUGAUUAUAAGUAUAUAAUAGGGCGAUCUGCACGACCAUCUCUUUGUCUUGCGCGUCAUUAAAAAAAACAAGAAUUUCUAAGAUACCAGAAAAAAAGGACCUAGCGAGCGCCGCCUUCUAAACUGCUGAGGAUAUUUUUGUCUAACAUGUGAAUCUGAGACGUAAACACAAACCGAAAUUGUGAAAACAGUAGUUUGGAAGUUGUAAAUGGUUCACGAUAUAUGAAAUCUAUGAAAGAUGUUUUUUUUCACACAAAGAUAUGUCGUGAUAUGCACUUGAUACUGCUAUCGGCUCCUUCUCCUAUUUUUUCUGGGCGAUUCCGAGAUUCUUCACGAUGAUCGCGCCCACACAGCCACGGCUAAGCGAAAGAGAUUGCGGUGCAAUGUCUUCGUUUACGAUGUAUGCAUUACCUGAAUUUUUUUCUAUUACGAAAGGGAAAGAAACAUAUGAUUAUUUUUAAAACGGAGAGAGCGAUUAGUGUGCGAGGCUUUAGCAUAUAAGUCGAGUUUAUUGUACAAUUAACUAGACGCAGGGGGAAAGAGAGGUGAGGAAAAAAAAGAAUAUGUUUCUUAUACUGCGCCGCCAAUAAGCCACGCACCACACGGAUGAAAAGUACCAUUUAUUGUGUUUGUACAUUUGUGUUUAAUCACUAUCCACCCCCAACCUCCCCUAUCUUGAUUACGUUAAACUAUCCUAUGAAUACCUGUGUAUCUUCCAAAUAAAGAUCUAAUUCAACCACA